UUUUACCUAAACCAUGUUUCACAAGGGUUGUGAAGUUAGCAGAUUCAAAAAGCUCUUAUCAUUUCCCCUAUAAAAUGGAGCAUUUUCUUUCUUAAUAUAAUACCUUAUACCUUCACCUAUCCUAUAAUCUGUUGAACCAUUGGGGCACCACAUAUAUGAUCUGUCUUUCUCCAUUCUUCUCUGUCUUUUGGAACAGAAUCUCUUUCAAUAACAGGCCUACCUAUUCUUUAACAUUGUCUUCACAUUGCUUUCUCUGUCUGCUUCUUCUCUUUCCUGGUACUGCUCCCUGAAAGAAAGGUCUCUGUGAGCCCUGAGGACCUUGUGAUGUGGACAUGGUGUUUAAGUUUGCAUCUUUUCGAUAGUGGUUAGCAGGUCAUCGUGGGCCCUAUUUCCAUUGUAAUCCCGUUUCGAAUCUCCUAUUUUGUGAUACUACCAUGAGCCCCUAAUUAAGCCUGGGCAUCCUCCUUCUAUGCUACUGUUAGAAAGAUACAUUUUCAGACUUAAGUUUAUAGCUAGAGAUUAAACCUUCAAGUUCUGCAUAAUCCAUCCACUGCAAGUUUGUAGGGCUUACAUCUAAAAGUCAUUGCAGUUUUGUGUGCUCCCUGUCAAGGAUAUUAAAAGAUGACGUACUUUGUUUCCUUUCUCUUAACAAUGGAAAAGGCGAUUCUUUGUCUUAAGCAAGCCAUUGGGUAGUCUGCCUGACCAAUAUGAACUGGACUACUACAAGGAUGAGCACUGCAGCAGCAAGAAAGGCUCCAUAGACCUUGAGCAGUGUGAGCAGAUCAUUGAGGCUCUGGACUCUGAGAGCUUUCCCAACCUAUUGGCCAUCAAGACAGUCUGUAAAAAUAAGAGUCGGACCUACUACUUAGCUGCUGAUACUGAGCCAGAAAUGAACAGCUGGGUCCAGUGGUUGUGCCAUGUCUGUGGGCUACGCCCAGAAGAUCAGCCCACAGAUAUACCUGAGCCCAAACCCCCAUUGCUAACUGUACAGAACUCAGUAAGCAAUGGUAGACCGGCUAGCCCCCCGACACCUGUUACAAAAACAACAACCCUUCCUGCUCAGAUGCCACAGAGCAUCAGUGUGAGUCAGCAGAUCACUAAACAAACAUCAUCCGAUUCCAGUUCUGCUUCAUAUAUACCACUAGAAAACUGCACCACUGGACAGCCUCAAGCUACAACAGACAAACGGUUUAGUGUUGAAAGUGUGCCAGAUUUCUUAGCUCCCUCUCCUCCGCAAAAGCAAUCCAAACUGGGCAUGUCUGCGCCUUCAGCCUCUGAAGAUGAAGUAUUUUUACAAGAAGAUCUACAAAAUCAUGUUCCAGCCCCUGAGAGCAAAUUUACUCAGGGAUCUGAUUUGUACCAGGUGCCGCCAGUCAGGCCCCCCAAGGGGAGGAAACGAACCGAGGAAGGUCCUGACUCGUCCUAUGAUGUGCCACCUCUUCACUUUGAACACAGUCCUCGUUUAAGUGUGGGCAAUCGUAGAGAUUCUGGUAGUGGAGAUGGCCGGGCUUCUACCCCAGAGUGUUAUGACUAUCCACCCCCUCGUUUGGAUUCUACUACAUCUUCGGACAGUGAAAUCCCCCCAGAGAGACCACCCAAACCAAGCCACCUUCAAUCCCCUUAUCAGAACUUGCCGCCAGCUGGCAAGAGUGACUCAGAUCUGAACACUGUUCUGGCAGCCCCUAAAAGUAUCCCAGGUCGCAUGGUCAGUGGUUAUGACAUCCCACGGUCAGCCCACAGGCCUGUGCGGCCAACACAGUCAGCUCUUGCCGCAACUGUUCCUGUACGGCAGCAGCGUGGCACUACAAGCCAUGCCUACUUCAACACUCAGGGGGCUAGGCCCAACUCAGGGGAGCUCAACAAAAGUGGAGAAGAUCAGAAGUUUCCCAUCGUGCCUCCACCUCGCGGUGCAGAUGUAGCGGAUGACAGGUCAUCGUCUAGCUCAUCUUUGUAUCAGUACCCCCCAUCCUCAUCAGGUGCGCCAGUCCCCCCCAGUCGCCCCCCAGCCCGCGGUAAUACAGUGGCUCCUGCAACAAUUCCUCGCAAUCCUGAUAGUAAUAAUACUGCAACAGGACAAGAAGACAACGCCCCCAUUUUCAGUACUCACAGGACUAGAAGUUUUAAACGUAACAAUGUAGUAGCUAACCAUGGCUCACCAAACCUUAAUCAGCAUUCCCAUGGUUUGACAAUGUUGGUCCCACCUCCUAGGCCAGUGCCUCAGAAACCUAAAGAUGCUUCCUCCAUGGAAGAUGAAGAAAGUAUUAUUAGCAAAUUAAAACUCAAGGAUACUGAAGAAGAGACCCACCAUUCUCUAAGUCUGCUGCACUCUAUACCUGCACCAACCCCUGAUUUGGAAAUGGACAGGGAACUCAAAUACAUAGACCUAGCCCUGCCGGACUCAGCCCAGGACACACCAAGGCCGACCCAUGGACACAGCCACCAUGCCCCAGGCCAUUCGCAUGGUCAUUCAGACCGUGGCAAAGAGAUAGCCACAGAAUAUCGAGAAAUCGACUUCAUCAAAACCCAGGCGCUCAGCGAUGCCAAGAAGGUCAAGGAAAAAGAGAGAAAAAAUGAUGACCACAACUAAAAAUCUGGACAGGCCACUUAAUUGGGUUACACAAAAAGCUAUCUAAAAUAAGAUUUUUUGGUAGACUUUUGGGUUAAUUGUAAGUAUUGUUCUUAAGUUAGUUCAAGUUUGAAUGUAAUGUAUAAAGUCUAUGUUGUUAAUGUUUUGCAAGAAUGCUGAGAGUAAGAAAGUCAUAGCAAUAGCAUUUCAAACUUGCCUAACUUGUUCUCUUGCCUAAAUGUAAUCAGUUUUGUUCCAGAAAACAAUGCACUCUGUGAGCAUCUAUAUGUAAAUAACAACUCAGAAUUGUACUUAUCUUGGCUCACAAACACACGUCAGUUAUAAUGAUUUUGAUAUGAUUUUACAUUGACUUCACAGUUUUCUUGUUUUUUUUUCUUUCAUGCUAUUUUAAUUAUUUCAUGUGUUUAAAAUUAUUUGUAUUCAAUUUAUUUUUUACUAGUGCCAUAGCUAUCACUUGUUUUAUUAUGACAUUAAAUUUUUAUUCUUGGCAGAUUUUUUUUUUUGUAUCAAUCAAAAAUUAAUUUUUUUUUUUUUUUUUUUCCUGGGCUCUUGUUAGGCCAACUCUCAUUUGUUAUCCUAAACAUGUUAAUUUUAAAAAUACUGUAUCUGAUAUAUUCUUGAUAAGUACUAAAUAUAGCCACACACUUUUUUUUUGUCAAUCAAAAAUUAAUUUUGGCUUGUUUUUUUUUCCUGUGCUCUUGUUAGGCCAACUCUCAUUUGUUAUCCUAAACAUGUUAAUUUUAAAAAUACUGUAUCUGAUAUAUUCUUGAUAAGUACUAAAUAUAGCCACACACUUUUUUUUUAAUCUCUAGCUUUGAUAAGAAAAAAACAGUUCUUGUGAAAUUAGAAUAGCUCAGUUCAACCCUAACCCAAACCAAUGUUCCAUGACAAGUUUAUUUGUUGGUGAGGAAACAUCCACUUUUCUGCCCCUAAGGAAUAACUACUACUUUUAACUGAUUCUCUUAUUUAAUGUUGAUCCAUGCAUACCUUUUGAAGGGCCAUUAUUGCUUCUUAAUCACCUCGAGAGAAUUGGAGUUUUUGAGUGUGAGGUCAGGAAGAUCACUCAUGCUGAACAAUUGUAUCAUAUCUCUUAUAUCGACUCAUCUUUCCAUUCUGUUGCAUUACAGUAUCCACUUAUUGUAUUGUUUGAGUGGCAGUGAAGAAACUAUGGUUUUGGUGUCGUACUCCCCUUUGGCCUAUUCCUUUACAUUGGUAUGGCCAUGAGGGAGAGAAGGUUUCAGCUCACAACCUUUUACUUUUUUUUUACAUAAGCAGUCUACUUAAUAAUCACUUUUGCAUUGUUUGGCUACCUUUGUCUAAGGGAUACCAUUGGAUUUUUUGUUUUUAUGGUUGGCUCAACCGAGAGCAAUCUUCAUAGCAGGAUUGAACACUAACCUGCAAUGUCGCAACCUGUUGCAGGUCUGUAUGAUGUAUAUUGGUCUCCACUGCCACAGGUUGCGAUGUCACAGGUCAGGUUAAGGCUUACUAUAAUGAAUGGUCUCGCCUCAACUCCCUACAGUAGCUGGUUGUCUGGCUCACAACUCCACUCUAAGCUCUUAGCAGCAGUUUCCUAUUGUUUCAUCAGCUGUUGUAGUUUGGAUUGCCCUUGUUCUUCUAGACCUGUCUGCCUUGUUGUGAUUAUCUCACAUGCUAUCGAGACUGUCACAGCUUUGAUGGUUUUCUGUUUCUUUGUAGUUCUUACUACCACACCUUACUGAGGUAGGGUUUGUAUUUUGUGGUUGUCUUGGCUUGAAAGCAAUGAAUCAACUGCUUCUGACUAGGUGUAAUUCAAAAUUUGCGAAUCCUAGAUGGCCAUGUUUUGUGUUUUAAAUUAAAUGGAGGUGACAGAAAUUAAUGGGUAUUGAGAUAAGUGGCUGAAUGGUUAAGCGCUUGGCUUCCGAACCCGCUGUCCUAGGCUCGAAUCUUGGUGAAGACUGGGAUUUUGAAUUUCAGGAUUUUAGGGCUCCCUAUGUCCACCCAACUGUAAUGGGUACCUAACUUUAUUUGGGGAAAGUAAAGGCGGUUGGUCGUUGUGCUGGCCACGUGACACCCUGCUCAUUAACCGUGUUCCAAAGAAACAGAUGACCUUAACAUCAUCUGCCCUUUAAAUUGCAAGGUCUGAAAGGGGAACUAGAUAAUGACAAACCUGAUAGCUACUGGUCUACAAACUCAACAUUGUUAUAGUUUAGUUCUCAUUGAGGGAUCCUUCCAGUUUGUGUGUCUAGGGCCAAUUUGAACUUAAUUCUGACAGAAUAAAACAGUGCAUCAAAAUGUCUGUCAAAUUAUCAACAAAUUUAAGUUGCUGUUUAAUUUAGUUUGUAAGAUUUGGGUAAAAAUUACAAUAAAAGAACCGGAAUCUUUACUAAGCUUAUAACUAUGAUGUGGUUUGUAACAUUGAGAAAUUGAGCACAAUGAUAAGUAUUAAGCUAACUCUAUCAUGAAUUAAAAAGAAAAAAGAAGUAAAUUUACAUUGUAAAAAUUAUGUAAAAAUUACUUACCAUUUAUAGAACCAGAAUCACUACUGGUUCAAGCGUAUUAUUAUGUGAUUUUUAACAUAUAUAAAAGAGCCCAAUUAUAUUUAUUAAGCUUGCUCUGUCAUGACGUAUAAAUAAAUAUAUAGAAACAUAUAUUUAUAAUCUGUAUUUUUUAAAUAUUUUAUUUGCCCCCAAUACACUAUAUUCAGCUAUCUUGAAAACCUUUUUUGUUAUAUUAAUAUUACCAGUAAUACUUUAUUAACUUUUUACACAUUUUUUACAAAGGGAUGGUCCAUUAUAAAAACUAUUGUGAUUGUUCCUUUGUCAUGGUAAUAGUGAUUGGUUCAUGGAUAUGAUCAUUUGUUGAUUGUACAGAAUGUUGUUAGUAAUGGCUCACUAAUUAUGGAAUUAUUUAUUUGCUUUCAUUGACUUAUGUUGACUAGAGCAAUGAUUAUCAUGUAAAAUGUAUUUUAACCUUGACUUCAUUUCUGUCAACUAAUGCUAACAUUUUUACAUUGUUCAAAAUUGUAAAAUACAUAACUCACCUUUGUCUCUAUAGUUUGUAAGCCAAUCUUGCAAUGGUGUCUAGAGAAAAGCAUUUUUUAAUAUACUAUUUAUUUAUUCAUGGACUAGUAUCCAGUUUGAUAAGCUGUUUUCAUUAGAAAUUUGUUUUGACUGUGAAUGUUAUAGUUAGUUCAAAUCUGAGCAUAAGUUUUUUUUCCCUUUGGGGCAUACAAAUGAUGCUCUUGAUGAGAGAAAGAUUAUUUCCUGAAAAUUGUUUGUUUGUAUAUCCUUUGAUAGAUAGACUAUCUUGCUCAAGUGUUUCACACACUUUUACUCUUCAGUUUAAAAAAUUAAUUCAAAACAGAUUUGUCUCACAAAUAAUUACUUCCUUUAGCUCUGUGAGUGACAGAGUAGAUACCUGUUGUCUGAAUGUGUUUUUGUAAUGGCUAGUUGGUGGCCAAGAACUUUGCAUAAUAUCAAAAUGUAAACGUCACAUUAUUUUCAGCUUCUGGUGACCCAUCAUAAAUUAUCAACAUUUGCUCAUGUUGUAUACAUACAAUUGUGUGGUCUUCUGGUUUAGACAUUAGCGAGAACUUGUUUGUGGAUGACAGUGAAAAUUACUUUGUUCCCUUGUUGUUUUCCCACAAUUCCUCUCAUGAGCUUGCUAAAUCUUCAUGGGUUCUGGCUACAGACUGGGUGGGUAUUUUGAAAACAUUAUAUAUAAUAUAUAUAUAUAUAUACAUAUAUCUUUGGGGAAAAAUAAUUACCUAAUAGGCCACACUGUGAAAACUCUGGUUUGAUGGUUAUAGUUUUUAAAAGAAUCAUCUGAAAAUUAAAUUUGGUUAACUCUCUUUAUUUUGAACACACUUCAGGGGGAACUAUCACACUUGACUCAAAUAUUUCUUUGAAGUCAGUAAAGAGUUGAAUAAACAAAUAGAUGUACAUGAACAUUUUGAGCACCAGCUUUUGUAGAAAUCAUGAGCUGUUCUGUAAACAGAUUCACUUCAUUGUGCAGGACUCCUUGCAGUAGUGAAAUAUUAGAACAAAAAGAAAUAGAAAGGAGGAAUGGAUUUUUUUGUUUCAAUUGUUACUUUGUUUUAACUCUUUCACUCCUAACUGACGAUACCAGCGUUGAUUCCACCAGAGUGUGGUAAAUAAUUACGGAGAGAAAGAGUUAAAUCAUAUUUCAGUUUGUGUUACAUUUUUUUUACUUGAUGGAAAAGUUCAGAGAUUGAAAUUUCUAAAGAUUUAUUGCAGUAGGGGUAUACUUGUGUAUAGAUAAAUACAUAAAUGAAUAUAUUUCUGUUGAUUUAUUUCAAUCAAUGGCCAUGUUUUGUGUUUUAAAUUAAAUGGAGGUGACAGAAAUAAAAGGGUAUUGAGAUAAGUGGCCAUCAUUUAUAUGUUGUUGUUUUUUGUGUGUAUCUUCAAGUAAACUCAAUUUGUUGUUUCAAAGAAAGUGUCUCAACCAAACUCCCAGACAGGUUUUGAAACUAAUACUCAUUACUAGACAUUGAUUUCUCUGUUGUUGGGGACUUGAUCCAAUGUCUUCUGAGAAGGUUUCUUUAUAACAAAACUUUACAUUAUCAUGUCAUGCCAGUCAAAGAAAAUGUAACACUGAGGACAAAUAGGAAUAGUUUUCUGAAAUGUAGUGGUUUAAAUCUGAAAUGUAAUAGUUUAAAUCUGAAAUGUAGUAUUUUAAAUCUGAAAUUUAGUGGUUUAAAUCUGAAAUGGCCUAUUUUUACAGUGCGCUUGAAUUUUUUUAUUGAAUAGAAAAAUAAAAUAUGUUAUGGUCACAGUAUGACCAGUUUUUACCUUAAAUAAACAAUACUCUUUUAUGUUAGUUUCUCUUCACUGACAGAGAACCUUUGAACUAUAAAUCAGUUUGUUUCUCUCUAGAGUUUGAAGUAAAGCUUUUGAUAUUUAGCACAUACCUCUUCCAUUAUCUGUUUUAACUACAAAUUCCGUUUUUUCUUCCUCUUUCUUCAUAUUAAAGUUUUAACUUAGUGGAUACUCUUCUUAUCUAUCAUUUUAUUUAAAUGCUAGAAAGAUGGUUUUAUAAGUAGAUCUAUGUAUUCUGACAAAUUUUAAACAGAGUUUCCUAGGAUGUGAUGCUGGUAUCAGUAGAAGUGAUGAGGGGAGGGGGAAGCUGUCACAUGUUAGUUAAUAUAAUUAACAAGUGACCAUCUGUUUUGGGGUUAAGUCAAAAUAAUCUUUAGUCAUUGUUCUGGCCAUUCUAAGACAUACUUCACUUGCCUUUGGGUUUCUGUAAGUAUAAGGUUGUAUGUUUUGAUCAGAAUUACAUCUACUGAAGACAACUAUUGUCAAGAGCUGGACUAGUGUCGUGACUGAACCAAUAGAAACAACUUUAAAACAAUUACAGUUCCAUUUUAUUUUUUUUAGAAUGACAUUAGGAAUCGAGGUAUGGUGUAAAAUGAAUUCUCUGCAUGUAUAUUUGAGAAGAAAUUCAGAGAAAUGAAAAUGCAAGCUGAUUUCAAUGUACCAUUUGCUAAGUCUGGACUUCAUACAAAUGUUGUUUCACCAUGUUGCAUAUAUAGGACUAAGAACAAUAUUUGAAUAUAUUUUGAUAUAGUCUGUAAUAGAAUGUCAUUUUUAUUGGCUUUUAUUUUCUUGUUUUAAUCUUGUUUUUUUUUAAAUGACAAUCGGGCAAGCUUUCUAGCCAGUUGUCUUUUUUUUUUUCUCCUGGUAACUACUGAAAUGUCUAUUUUUUAUUGUUUUGAUUUUGUUGAUAUACAAUGUUGUUUAUUAGUGAUUUUAUUCAUGUGUGAUUCGUGUGAAUUUAUGUCACUUCAGUACUUUCAUUGAAACUGAUACAGUAGUUACUACAGAUUGGUGUUGUUUUAGUAACAGUAUGGUGAUUUGUUACUUUCUGUAUGCUUUUGGUGACUUUCACUGUUGUUGAGCUCACUAGAAGUGGGAGCUACUAAAGCACAUAUUUUAUCUACUCUUGUGGUAAACUCACAGCUCAAAUAAAUAUGUGUCAUGGUACCCCGACAAAAUAGCGCCGAGAAAAUAGUGCAGAAAAAAAAUAUUUUAGUCAUUUUGAAAGAAAUACUUUAGAUAUCGUAAAAUAUGAAUAGAGCCGAAAUUUUUUGGUUUUAAUGUAUCAUUAUUUUUCAGUCAUUUUAUUCGCAGGAAACACUUUAGAUAUCUUAAAAUAUAAAUAUGCAAACAGUAAGCAAAAAUUAUGAUAAGCUAAAAUGUUUCCAUGACAUUGGCUACUUCAAAGGUUCUCUAUAGAGUGAUAGGUUUUGGGGUAGGUAUUCAGUCAGAACAAGUAGUCAUAGAAGCGGAGAUAAUAUUUUGUACAAAUAUACUUUUUACACUAUGAUGAUAACACACUGUAAGACACACAUCAUUAUAUAUCUACCCCUUGAAUGGGGUCAGCACUUUUCAAAAUCCUAUUUUUAGCAAGUUAUGCAUUUUAAACAUUGGUGAAAAAGGGGAAUGAUAUAAAAUUUAAAGUACUCUCGUUCUCUGCAAAUAUGGGAUACUUUCAGAUCUAUUAAUGUUGAAAAAGAGUCAUCAACAAAAAUGCUGCCCAGGACAUUAAAUUACUAAUAAUCUGGUACUUUUAUACACAUCAUAUAUAAGCCUGCACUAUUUUGUCAGCGCUAUUUGGUUGGGUCACCGUGCGUCAUGUGCCAGUAGUUUGAAGCCCCACUGACCCAUCAGACAUCAUAUGAGCUAGAACUGACUAGGGUAAUCACUCUGCCUUAAAAUAAAACGAUGGUUUGAAUUCCCUCAGAACAAGAAACGUAAAAUGUUUUACCAUGUUUUUAAAUUAACAUUUAGUUGGCAUGCCUUUUUGUUGGUACUUACUCUGUGUUCCAGUCACUCCUAAUACAACAUUGUCAAGCAAUCACUCAUUGCAUUUAAACCGAUUCCUUAUCUUAUACAUAUUAACUUAAAUAUUUAAUCCUUUUUGAUAUAUAUUUUAAUUGAUUACACACUAAAAAGAGUCGGUUUUAGCUUUAGCUCUAAGGGGACAAGUCUUCCCAGUUACUUAUGAUGACUUAUCUUGAAUAGAAGAUAGACAUUAUGAGACGAAUUAAACCAAAUACGAGUUACUUACCUGUGCACUACAAAUGUUCUUUCUGAAGCAAGCCCAAUCUUCAAAAUUUUUUUUUUAAAGUAUAAAAUAAAACCUAAUUAUUUUUCGUUUAUCACUAUGAGGAAUCUUUUCAUAAAAAGAUUGUGUACAUUAAAAGUAUAAAUGGCAGAUUUUAGUCGAGCCUUUCAAAAGCAACUUCUCUCAUGAAAGAUAUUUUAAACAUUUUUAUGUAGCAUUCAUUUAGUCCCAAAGAAAAACUACUUAACAGCUACUGAUAGAAAUCUCUUUCUCAGACUCUCAGAAUGUUAAGUGCAUUGAAAGUUUGUUUUGUUCCUAUUUGUGAUAUAAAAAAUUGCUACUUUUUAUUGUGCCAGAGCUUGAGGCUAAAGACUUUGUGCUGGUAUGUGAAUGGGGUAACUAUGGUAACAGACAGUAAACUUUAAAUGCUACAAUGUAAUUGCCGAUUUCUUUUCUUUGAAAUUGUUUAUUUGUAGUAAUUAAAACAUUAUCUACUUUUACAUAGAGUUUUACGUUUUAAACUGUUGAUGGCCCUUUUUGGUUAAAAAUCUCAAAAUUGACAGUAGUAGUAGUAGAUUCAAAUUUAAUCUCUUGGUAAAGACAACUGAGUAAAAGUGAAAGCUCUUGUAACUGCUCCCUUUCACUUUAAAUCUUAAAAUGUAUUUCUCAUUUUGUGAAAACCAAGUUACAAUUAUUUUCUGAGAUUGUCGUAAUUGACAACUGCCUAUAGCUGUUUCUACAGCAAAUGUUUGAAGUUUGUUAUCCAUUGUUUAACUUUGUAGAUACUUGACUGAAAGCAUGCUAUAAUGUCAGUAGUUUAGUCUUAUAAUGUAUUAACAAAAUAUUGUCCAAGGCAUGCAAAUAAAUAGCUGUGACACUAAAAUACUAACCUUUUUUUUUUGAAUCACCUCACCCUGUUUGUGAGUUGAAUGACUGAAUCAGUGUAGCUCAUUACAUAGUUGAAUGACUGAAUCAGUGUAGCUCAUUACAUUGUUGAAUGACUGAAUCAGUGUAGCUCAUUACAUUGUUGAAUGACUGAAUCAGUGUAGUUCAUUACAUUGUUGAAUGACUGAAUCAGUGUAGCUCAUUACAUUGUUGAAUGACUGAAUCAGUGUAGCUCAUUACAUUGUUGAAUGACUGAAUCAAUAUAGCUCAUUGCAUAGUUGAAUGACUGAAUCAAUUUAGCUCAUUGCAUAGUUGAAUGACUGAAUCAAUGUAGCUCAUUACAUAGUUGAAUGACUGAAUCAAUGUAGCUCAUUACAUAGUUGUAUGACUGAAUCAAUUUAGCUCAUUGCAUAGUUGAAUGACUGAAUCAGUGUAGCUCAUUUUAUAGUUGUAUGACUGAAUCAAUUUAGCUCAUUACAUAGUUGAAAUACUGAAAACAUCGUUUGAGUUAAAUGAUUGAAAUCAAUGCACUUGUCAUGACAUUGAAUAAUAUCAAUUUGAUUUUGUUGGUUUUCUAACACUAAGUACUCGGAUAAGUUCUUGAAAGAAAUCAAACCAUUGUACCCUUUUAUCCAAUCAAUAAAAUAUUCAAUGACUGUAUGUGGGCAUUGUGUUUGGCAGUAGGAAUGAUGGUGUGUGUUUUUUUUGUGUUGCUUGAUAGAAGAGUGUAUAAAGAGUGCCUGCUUUGUAUAUUCCUUAAAAGUAAUCAAAUAUAUCCAAUGAUAACAAGAUUUUUUCUCAGUUUAUUCUCCUUCUAGAUAAAUAGGAAAUAUUUGGGAUGCUUAUCUUGAACCCUUAUGAAUGCUGAUCCUAUAAUAUUAUUUUAAUGCUUUUGAUUUAAUAAUAAGUAUUUUAAAUUUACUUCUACCAACAAGAUACAAUACAUGAAACUGCACAAUUUUAACAUAAAUAGUAGCUCCUGUGUUUCUUUUUAUAAGUUAGAACUAGAAUUGAUUAAUUAUGGAUGUAAUAAUUUUUGUAUUAAUUAUAAACCUGUUUUUUUUAAAUUUCUCCAUUAAGUAAUACACAUUUUAUUAUUGUUAAGGUGAUACUGAAAUGUGUCUUUUAUAUGUGUUCAACCGCGACCAGUUGUCAUAACAAGCCUGAAAACUGACUGUGAUGCGGCAUCCAUUGGUCUAUCAAGAUCAUUAGGUCAGUGUUCAGGCUUACUAUGGCAUUAUGGUCUUGGUUCAUCACAAGGAUGUAAACAAGAAGAACUUUUCUGUUUUCCACAUGCUAGAAUGCUCAAACAGGUAGUGCCAGAGUUGAAACAGCAGUGUAUGUGAUUUUGUUAUGUCCCCUUGUGAGUUCAAUAAUUGUACAAUCAAUAUAUUUGUUUACAUCUACAUAUAUGGUACACACAAAAAUAUUUAUACAUAAUAAAGUAACUACUUUAGUCUUAUUUAAUAUUUUAUUUUGUAAUUCACAUUUGAUAGGUCUUUUUUUUCUUUGCAUUUACACACAAUUUCUUUCUUUCGUUCCGAAAUUUUAUUGAGAAUUUUUAUUUUCAUAAUCAGGGUAUAACUCUAUAAAUAUCUAUCCAGCAUUUUUAUAUUUUCUUUAAUAGAGAAUGAUUCUGAAUAAGUUUGUAUUUUGUGUCCGUCUCCUUGUGUCUUUUGUUACAAUUUUUUUAUUUGACUAAUUUGACUAAAAUCUAUUUAAAAAAAACAGUUGACCUAGUGUUACAGUAGUAGGCAAUGUAAUCAUUGUAAAUAAAAAGUUUUACAAUU